GACAAAGGGUUAUCUCGUUAUUUUUUCAGUGGGUCCAAGUUAGAACAGCACAGACUAGAGCCACAGGCAGACAGCUGUUUGGAAACAACCAUCAUGAAUCCUGGCGGACUCCCCCUGGUGACUGUGAUCAAACUAACACUAAUUCAAGUGCUCGUUGCUCAAUCAGUCUAUAAAAGGUCAACGGUCUGCUACGGUGACCUCGGCUGCUUCAGCAAUGAUGCUCCAUUCUUCAGUCUGGAGCGUCCCAUCUCCUUUCUCCCCCAGUCUCCUGACGUCAUCAACCCCACCUUCACUCUUUACACCCGCCAGUCACCUGCACAGGGCUACAGGCUGAGGUCAGGGGACACGACAGGGUUAGCGAGGUCGACAUUCAACGCCAGCCGACCCUCCAAGUUCAUCGUACACGGCUUCCUCGAAAGUUUCUUGGCGACUUGGAUGCCUGACAUGAAAGACGCACUGCUGAGACAGGGGGACUACAACGUGGUGCUCGUGGACUGGGGAUCAGGAUCCUUCUCUCUCUAUGGACAAGCGUCAGCCAAUGGUCGAGUCGUGGGGGCCAUGAUAGCGCAGCUGAUUACUUUUAUCCAGAACACGACAGGAGCUCGUCUAGAGGACAUGCACAUCGUGGGACACAGUCUGGGCUCGCACGUGGCUGGCUAUGCCGGAGAGAGACUCAAACACCUGGGCAGAAUCACAGGACUGGACCCUGCCGAGCCUUAUUUCCAGCACACGGACCCGACCGUCAGACUGGAUCCAACUGACGCUCUCUUUGUCGACGUCAUCCAUACAGAUGGCGCUAGCUUCUACAGCACAAAGCUCGGCUUGGGAAUGGCCCAGGCCUGUGGUCACGUGGACUACUACCCUAACGGAGGUCACGACCAGCCGGGUUGUGACAAGUCCCCCAUCACGCACCUGGAGGAGAACGGUCUGUACCUGGGGGUGCGUGAGAUUAUCGGGUGCAACCAUGCGCGUGCCUACCAUCUGGCCAUCGACUCCAUCAACAGCGCCUGCCCCUUCCUCGCAUACCGCUGCGACAGCGAGGACGACUUCAAGGCCGGCCGAUGCCUGUUGUGCAGUGGACAGGGUUGCAGACACAUGAGUCUGACCUCUGACCCUGUCAAACCACCCAUUGGCUCCUCCCUUCUAAAGUACUACCUCCGGACCGCCGACCUCCCCCAUUACUGCCGCUACCACUACGGACUGUCCCUGACGCUUGCCCAGCCAAUCGCCAGCCAGCAGGAGCGAGGCACGCUGUACGCCAGACUGACGGGCACUUCCGGUCAUACAGAGGAGGUCAAGCUCACCAACGAUAACGUCUACUUCAACCCCGGGCAAACAUACACCUUCGUUAUGACUUCAAAGCUGCCGCUGGGUGACGUCACGAGCGUGGAGGUCAGGUGGGACCACGACUCGGAGCUUCUGAACGUCUUCUCGUGGAAUGUUCUGGGCCUUCGCCACCCCAAGCUAUAUGUGGGCAGGAUUGAUAUCACCAGCGGGGAGACUCAACAAACCGCUACCUUCUGCGGUCAAGGCAUCGGCGUGGAAACGGAUCAAGCGCAAGUCUUUUCCGGCAAAUGUUGACAAAUUAAUCUUUAUGUAAGCAUUGGUGGCAUAAAAUAAACAGUUCUGACUGCA